AUGGAUUCGGAAGAGGCUGCUGACCUGGGAGUACAGCCCACCAGCCCCACAGACCCCAUUGCCCCCUCUGCCCCCACCAGCAUCCCCUCUGCCCCCACCAGCUGCAAGAAGGGCCGUAAGAAAAAGAAGAAGGCUGAGGCCAGGGAAGCUCAGGAGGGAGGGGAUGAGGCGGCGGAGCGGGUGGGUGCGAUCCAGGGCAUCACACGAGCCGGGCACCGGGCGCUGGCUCUGGGCGCCGGGCGGGAGGCAGUGGGGUGCUUCAGGAAGGCCCUGCUCCUCUCUAGGGAUACAGCGAGUCCCCAGCUCCACCAGGCUUGUGCCUUCAACCUGGGGGCUGCCUAUGUGGAGACUGGGAAGCCCAAAAAGGGCCUCGGGUUCCUCCUCCAGUCCCAACCCUUAGAGGCGGAGAGCAGGGGCCACCUGGGGAGCCUUUAUUUCAGCGUCGGGGCGGCUCAUGAGGGGCUCCAGGACUUUCCAAAGGCUCUGGAACGUUUUGAGAAAGUCGCCGGGCAGGCCGGUGCUGCUGUGCAGGCUGGUGGCCGAGCAGGGACGUGCGUGCAGAUGGGCUGCUGCUACCUGGGCAUGCGGGAGCCGGCCCGGGCCGCGCGCUGCUUCCUGGCCGCGGCUCGGGCCUUCGCGGCGGCCGAGAGCCCCGAGGCCGCGGCCGUGGCUCUGAGCAGGGCGAGCGGCUCCAUGCUGCAGAGCCGGCGGUUCCGGGCGGCGGAGAUCGCCAGGGUCCUCGCCCAGUGCCGCUCACUCUGCGAGACCAUCCCCGAUCCGGCCCUGCGAGGGAAACUCUACAACGAUAUCGGCCUCGGCUACUCUCAGCUCCACAUCUUCUCCCUGGCUGCCGAGAGCUUUGAGCGGGCCCUAGGGCUGUGCGGGGGGGAGCCGGAGCGGCGGCAGGAGGCCGCUCUGCUGCAGAACCUGGGCGCUGCUCACAACGCGCUGCGCAGCUUCGGCUCGGCGCUGGGCUGGCACCGGCGGGCGGCCGCGCUGCACGGUGCUCUGGGGAACCGGAGGGCUCAGGGGCAGUGCUUUGGGAACCUGGCCUAUGCCUGCAGCCAGCUCGGGAACCACGGGGCUGCCGCGGAGAGCUACCUGCACGCCCUGCAAGCCUUCCGGGACUCGGGGGACUUGCAGGGGCAGUGGCAAGCGUGCGAGGGGCUGGGUGCAGCAUGCCUCCACUUGGGAGACCCCCAGAAAGCCAUCGGGCACUAUCAAGAGGCCCUGAUUUUGCUUUCCCACUGUCGGGACAGCCCCAGAGCUGACCACAAACGGGUCGUGCACAAACUCACGGAUGCCAUCCAGCACCGACUCCGCUUCAGCCACCUCUCAUACCAGGGGGGCUGGGCACCCACCCUGGUGCUGGAGCCCAGCCAGCUGAGGUUUUGUUCCACACUGCCCCAUGCCAGUAGGACACAACUCCAGGGCAGGAAGGUGGGGAAAGCCCAGGCUGAGGACAAGCUGUAUAUGCACACGCCAGGAGCACAUCCCAGGUAUUCAGGUAAGAGGGUGCGAACUAAACACGGGAUUGAGCCAUCCAGGCAAUUCCUGAUGGAGCUGAGGCUUUGGCACGGUGUGAUACCUGUUCUUGCCUGUUUGUCCUUCCUUCCUGGAGGCACAAGAGUGGCUCUGACUGGUGAUCUCACACUGGAGCCCUGUAACCCACAUGGCCUCCUGGGCACCUCUGGGGAGGAUGACAAUGGUCCCAGCUCAGCUCCAGGGUAUCACAGUGAGCCCCAGGCUAACAGUAAGAGGACCACCAGCCCCCUGAAGGCAGCCAAGCUGCCCCACACUGGCCUCUGGCUACAGAAGUACCACAUCCAACCAGAAAUGCGGCUCUCUAGUGAGCCCAGGCCUCAGGGCGUCACAACACAUUCCACAGGACAUCAAAACUGCCAAGUCCUCCAUCCCAGGCCUCCAAAGAGGUAUGUGAUGCCUUGGGGGAGUGGGCAACGGAGUGGACCAGAGGUUUGGGCUCCAGAGUGUCCUCUGAAGGGUGUGUUCCUCAGAGGUGAGAUGGAGACCCCAGCAGGGCUUGGGACACCUGUUUCUUGGAAUGGACACAACCCCAAGCCAAAAGUCACAAGGGCUGGGCUUUUGGCACCUUGUAGCCAACACCAAAACCAUUCCCGUUGGAUGGGGCAGCAGAUCUAAGGGUAGUUUCCAGGACCCUGGUAUGAACUUCCUGCCCACUCCUGCAUUCCAGUGCUUGAAGGGGCUCCAGCAGAGCUAGAGAGGAACUUUGGACAAGGGCCUGGAGUGACAGGACAAGGGACAAUGGCUUCUCACUGCCAUGGGGCAGGGUUAGAUGGGAC